UCACUCACUCUUGGUUUCAGCUAGCCAAUCAAGCUCUCAAGUCUCACCUCACCUUCAACCUUCCUCUCCCCUUCUUGCUGCUAUAGAUCUAUUGCAAAUCUGUUGUUGGAGCUGCUACAAAUAUGCUGCUGAAGCUGUUACAGAUCUGCUCUUGAAGUUGCUGUCAAAGCUGUUAGCUGCAGCCUACAGAUCUGAUGGAGUUCAUCCUGCUGACUGCUGAACUCUGUCUCUGCACUUGCUCUCUGCUGCUUGCUGCACUGUGCCGGACUUGCUUUCUGCUUGUUGCACUGUGCCAGACCCCUCUCUGCUUGCUGCACUGCGCCGGAUUUGCUUUAUGCUUGCUGCACUGUGCCGGACCCCUCUCUGCUUGCUGCAUUGCGCCGGACUUGCUCUCUGCUGCUUGUUGCACUGUGCCGGACUUGCUCUUUGCUUGCUGCACUGUGCCAGACCCCUCUCUGCUUGCUGCACUGCACCGGACUUGCUCUCUGCUUGCUGCACUGUGCCGGACCCCUCUCUACUUGUUGCAUUGUGCCGGACUUGCUGCCUGUGCCGGACUUGCUCUCUGCUUGCUGCACUGUGCUGGAAAAUUUUAUUGAUUUAAUUAUUUGUGUUAAAUUAAUUUUUAUUUAUAUU